AUGCACGUCUUGUCCCAGAAACCUCCGCUGUGCGUGCCAAUAUCCGUUCUUCCGUUUUUUCUCUGCGUUGUCCAGGAAGACAGGGCUUCCUGCGAUCCCCUGCAAGUCGGCUUUGCCCGUGCCUUCUGCGACAUCCACUGCGUGCGGGAUGCCGUGAUCAGGGGUGACAGAUCCAUCAUCCGGAACCUGGAGCUGGCCACCAAAAAGACCAACAAUAACAUGAAGGCGUUGGUAAAAUGGUCUGCAGAUGCCGCACGCGUCGAGACCGGAUGGCUCGGCGACAAGCUGGAUUACAUGCACGCCAUUAACACCGCCUACCUGCAGGAGAUCCACACCAUGUUGACGGCACACACGACACAAGAAGAGGCCUCGACUCUCCUGCAACGUGCUCAGUCAGUCACCGACGGCAUGUUCCAGGAGCUCGCUGGCUAUGCAGACGCAGCUUCCUUCAAUGAGCUGUCACGGCUCACGGCCGCCAGCGCCCUGACGCAGUUUCUCCAGGAAAGCAACACCACCAGCCAUGCUGCCAGAAGCAAAACGGGAGAAAACUCGGGCGCCUCGGUCGCCUUGGCCCGUUCUGAGCGCCACCAGGUCAUGCUGGCCUUGGACCACAUCUGGUGGCAACUCCGCACCAAGCUGGAUGACUACCUCGCCGUGGCUGAGGACGAGGUGCAGGCCUUCCAGGACUCUCUCUCGGAGAUGCACAGCUACAUGGGCUGCAGCCAGGGCUUCCACGGCCUGGCUGCCACUUGGCUGCAGGAGAA